AGCGGUCACGCGCGCGUCGCACUCUGAAAUAUACGGCCAACCCAAUACAAAGUCAUAUUACGCCAAAAUCAGUUUACAGUAGAGUGGUGCAUACGAGAAUGUCGGUACAAAUUUAAGCCAACGCAACGAAACCGCGAAAGUACAAUUGAUUUCCUUUGAAGUGUCUGUGCAAAACAUUUGGAUGGUUCAAAUAUUAUAAACUAAAAAUUGGAUCGUACGAAAAUAACAAAACAAAAAGUUUUUGACCGCUUAGGAACAAAGGAAGAAAAAAAGGAAUUCUGCAAAGCUGUGUGAACCAAUCUUAAGAAAGAAUCCGUAAAAUAAAGACUCUCUCCUAUCAACCAGUUGAUGCUUGAAAAAAAUUAAAGUUUAAAAAAUAAAACAACACCCUAGAAACUAGAACUUCGUCCAGCAUCAAAAACAUUCUUGAAAUCUAAAAAUAUAUAGAAUAAUAUAGAGAGUCAAAAUAAUUAAAUUGCGAAUUUCGAAUUUCGAUCCCCCAUACCAAAGCCAAUAAAACCUUGAGUUGAAGGUCGUCAAUACCCUUGCAAGGAUCUCCACAGCCUUGCAUUCCCAAAACUAUUCGAGUGGACCGCGUGACUUCGUCUAUCCCAAGCUGGGUAGUCCAUUCCUUAACACAACGCCCGCGGGUGGCAGCACCAAUCCCUCGCCCAUACCCACUCUUACAUCGGCUCCAGCGACGGCCACAGUGGCGGCCAAGCAGUUGGCUCAGACCUUCCAGCUUUCCGCUAACUCCGCCUUCAACCUUGCCCUGCCGCCGAGCUUUUACCGCCUACCAGGCAGCAGCAGCAGCAACCACACCGAGCCACAGGCUGUCACGCACACGGACUGCUCGGGCCUGGAGUACGGACACGGACACGAGCCGGAGAUGGAUCUGAUCAAUCCGUACAUGCGGCACCACCAUGCCAUGGCCGCAGCGGAUUACCAGCAGCAGCUGGCGGACUAUCACAGUGCAGCGGCUGCGGCGGCGGUCUACGCCAACAACAACAACAACAACAGCAGCAAUAGCAACAACCACAACCACAAUAGCAGUCCCCUGAUGCUUCUGAAGGCGGCGGCCCAUGGCGGAGGCCUGAAGACCUCUUCCGCUGAAGAUUCCCCUUCGACAACGCCGCCGCCUGCCUCCUCGCGCCUUCAUUCGGAGUCGUCGCCCUCGCCACGCUACGAGCAUAAUUCCAGUCCAGGCGUGGACAGCGCCAAGUCCUUCGCACUCAGCGGCGGCGAGGAGCAGUGCCAGAACAGCGAGUCCGCCAGUCCCCCGCCGCCACUCGACUACAGCCCCGAGAACCUGACCAGUCGCGGCAAGUUCCAGCACCACCACUCGGUCAAUCCGCUGGCGCUGCACAACCACAACCAUACCCACAGUGGGCAUCUCAACAACAACCACAGUGGACACCUCAACCACAACAACAACAACAACAAUAACAGCAUGAGCAUGGAGCACAAGCUGCCCCUCAGCUUCCUGGGGCCUCCUCUGGCGGCCCUCCACUCGAUGACCACGGAGAUGAAGACUGCCCAGGGGGGGUCCGGAGUGGGUGCCAGCAGCGGUCCUUCCUCCGCGGGCAACGGCCUCUCUUAUGGCCACAGUCCAAACGCCCAUCUAAUCAGCGAUCGCGGAUCGGGGGGCAGUUCUUCGUCGUCCUCCACCACGGCCAACACCACGAACAGCCAGGGAGCCCCCAAUCCACAUGGCAUCGAUACGAUUCUGUCGAAACCACCGCCGGUCACAUCGGCGGGUCUAAGUGCUUUAACAGGAGCUGGCAUACCCCGCUUCUCCAUUGCGGCCGCUGCAGCGGGCAUGGCCCAGUAUCUAUCGCAGAGUCAGGGAGCGCCGCUGAAGACUCAUGCCGGACACAUUGUGGACCGAACUCACCUUUACUGGCCGGGACUGCAGGGACUGGUGGCCAAUCCGAUAGCGUGGCGAGAGCGUCUAUCCAAUACGAUGUCCGCCAAUCUAUCGCAAUCGCAUCAGCAUCAUCCAUCGAACGACAAAGAUGGCAAGAAGAAACACACCCGCCCAACAUUCAGUGGUCAGCAGAUCUUUGCCCUGGAGAAGACAUUCGAGCAAACGAAAUAUCUGGCUGGACCAGAGCGUGCCAAGCUCGCGUAUGCGUUAGGAAUGUCCGAAUCGCAGGUUAAGGUUUGGUUUCAGAAUCGCCGCACCAAGUGGCGCAAGCGGCAUGCGGCGGAAAUGGCCACGGCCAAGAGGAAACAGGACGAUAUGGGUGGCGAUAACGAUGGAGACUGCAGCGAGACCAUGGACAGCGACAACGAGAGUCUCGACAUGGGGGAGACCCCGGCCCAGAGCAAGAGAUGUCGCAGCAACAGCUCCUCGCAGCAGCAGCAUCAGCAGGAUAAUUAUCGUCAUUAAAACGAAUUUACAAAUGGCAAUGGAAUGAAAUUAAAUGGAAUGGAAUAUACAAUACUUAAAAUAAAUUUCAAAUGCCAGCUAAUUAGCUAACAACCAAGCAAAAAGCAGCCACGAAAGCAGCAGCAGCCACUAGCGAACAAAUUUCCACAAUUGUUUGUCUUAAGUUUUAAGGUUUUGCCACUUUACCGUCUUCUGAAGACAUUCACAUCAUUUUCCUCUCACUAUAUCUCACUAAUUUCACCAAUUUGUUUAUUAGGUGUGUAAAUAUUUAUGUUAAUUUUAUAAAAAAUACUGAACAAGAAGCUUAAUUAACGUCUCUUAUUGGUAAGAAUUGCUAAGCCAGAAGAGAACAACUCACAAAAAAUUUAACUGAAUUUAUUACAUAUUGUAUGUUUAGUUUCUAAUCCAUAAAUUUAAUGUAUUGUAACCUCGUGCGUUAGAACAGACUUUAGUUCUUAAAUAUUAAAUCUACAAGUAUAUAUACACUAUUAACGAUUAACUAUGCUAACUGAGAUUGCGUAAACAAUAUUCAUAAUAUUGACGAUGAUACUGCGGAAGCGGAU